AUGAAGGGCCUCAAGAAGACCUUGGUCAGUACUUCUUCGCUCGACCUCCAGCACGUUGCCCUAACCAUCCCCGUUGCCCCGCAGCUUAGGGCUAAAUCGCAAGAUUCAGCGUCGUCUAAGAACAAGGACCCCAAGCCGUCUGCUACCGCUAUUGCUAACGCCUCUCCACCCCCGCCUCCUCCUAACAGCACCAAGCCCUUGCCCCACCCUUCUGCCGUUGCUAGCCUCAAUCAUAUCAAUAACCCCAGCAACCACUCACUUUCCUCCGCGAAUGGCUCUUCCAACCGUUCCUCUGCCUCAUCCGUGUCUCCCCCCAACAACGAUCGUCGGUACACUACACCAGACAGGGCGUCUCCUGCCCCGCCUAUCGUUGUGGUCAGCCCCGAUGUCCCUGCCGACCAGUCUGAGCGACAUUCGUUAAUUAUGGACUCUGCUGGGGGUCCCUUGACACCCCCGAGGACCAACUUAAAUCGUUUGCGUCCCACUGGACCAAAAGACACGAUCCCUAUCGUGGGCAAACCCCCUCGGAAGCAGAGAAGCAGUCGAUUUAUAGUCACGGAGAAGGUUGAGAUUGAGAGACUUCCGCCAUUCAUGGAGAUAUCUCCUAGCGAGCGCCCACAGCUUUUCAUCAGGAAGCUGCAUCAAUGUGCUGUGUUGUUCGACUUCAAUGAUGCCAACUCAGAGUUGAAGGGAAAACAGAUCAAGACUCAAACCUUGCAUGAGCUGUUGGAAUAUAUUACCACACAACGCGGUGUGAUCACCGAAUCUAUAUACCCAGAGGUAGUCAAAAUGUUUGCAACAAACCUCUUCCGCUCUAUACCCCCUCCCGUGAAUCCCACAGGAGAUGCCUUCGACCCGGAAGAAGACGAGCCAGUUCUGGAACUUGCAUGGCCCCAUCUCAAGAUUGUAUACGAGUUCUUCUUGCGAUUUGUUGAAAGUCCGGAUUUCAACACCAACCUCGCCAAGAAGUACGUCGAUCAAAACUUUGUACUAAAUCUCCUCGAGCUGUUUGACUCGGAGGAUCCCCGCGAGCGCGAUUUUUUGAAAACCACACUACAUCGGAUUUAUGGUAAAUUCCUCAAUCUCCGUGCACCAAUACGACGAAGCAUCAACAACGUGUUCUUCCACUUUAUUUACGAGUCGGAACGACACAACGGAAUUGCGGAAUUACUGGAGAUCCUGGGAUCCAUUAUCAAUGGAUUUGCAUUACCGCUGAAGGAAGAGCACAAGACUUUCCUGAUGCGAGUGCUGAUUCCGUUGCAUAAGGUGAAAAGCCUGUCUAUGUACCACCCACAGCUGGCAUACUGUGUGGUACAGUUUCUGGAAAAGGAUGCUUCGCUCGCGGAAGAGGUCGUACUUGGUCUACUCAAGUACUGGCCGAAAGUAAAUUCCCCUAAGGAGGUCAUGUUCCUCAGCGAGAUGGAGGAAGUUCUGGACGUUAUCGACCCAACGGAAUUCCAGAAGAUCCAAAUGCCGCUGUUCCAACAGCUCGCUCGGUGCAUCAACAGCCAGCAUUUCCAGGUCGCCGAGCGCGCGCUCAUGUACUGGAAUAACGAGUACAUUGUCAACCUGAUGAGCGAUAACUUGGCAGUGAUCCUGCCCAUUGUUUUUCCGGCAUUGUACACGAAUUCACGGUCACAUUGGAAUCGCACAAUUCAUGCCAUGGUGUACAACGCCUUGAAACUGUUCAUGGAGAUCAACCCUGAUCUCUUCGAUGAUACAAUGCAACAAUACAAGCAGCGCAAGCUCGAUGAACGGCAACAUGCUGUCGAACGGUUUGAGGAAUGGCAGAAGUUGCGGGAAAAGGCAAUGAAGAACUGCGGGGGUAAAUUACCGAUUGGAUUUGUGGACAUUCCGCCCACGCCACCACCACCACCGGUGGACGAUGCCGAUAUCGUGGACUUGUCGAUUGACUUGAACGCGGUAUCAAUCGACGCCGAGGUACCCCUUAGUGAUUUGGAUGAGUCUGGGAUUGAGCGGGUACCGAUGGCAGAUCCAGGACUAGAUCGUCCUUUCCCUGAAAUAGGCAUCGAGCAUUCGCCAGGGGGUACAGGUCUACACUCGAGGCGGAAGAGUGCGCUUCCGGUCGAUCCCACCGUUUUGCGAGAUCUGCAGGCACAUAGAAGUCUAGAGGAUACAGUGCCGACUGGCCCCGUCAUUGGAGCUCGUUGA